AUUCAGAAAAAGAAAAUAAUUUGAUGAGAAACCCUCGUCGCCGUCGUUAUAACCAGUGAUUCUCAACUCAGUGCACAAAUCCUGCACAGUCAAUUCACCUCACAUGGCGAAGAAGCGGAAGCUCAAAGCGGGACCCUCACAAAUUGAAGAGGAAGAGGAAAUCGUCGCCGAAGAAGAAGACAUCGGCGACGAUGACGAAGACGAAAUUGAGUACGAAGAAGUUGAGUAUGAAGAAGAAGAAGAGGAGGAAGAAUACGAAGAGGAAGAGGAAGAAGAAGCGGACGCUGAAGUAGACGAUCCACACAACAGCAGCAGCGUUGGGGAGAAGCCAAUCCUGAGCAACGAUGUUGGUGUCGACGCGUCGACAAUUCCAAGCAACAACGACGGACGCGGCAAGACGCCAGUUCAGAGCAACAAUAACGGCGACGAGGUGGAGGAGGAGCCGAUUCAUAGCGUCCUAGCUGCAUUCAGUAAAGAAAAAUUGGUCGAAUUGCUCGCGGAGGCCGCGCAUCGCCACGCCGACGUGGCGGCUAGGGUUCGGGCAGAUGCGGAUGCGGACCCCUCCAAUCGGAAGAUAUUCGUGCACAGCCUGAAUUGGGACACCGCCGAGGAGACGCUGUUCGAGGAGUUCGCGAAAUACGGCGAAAUCGAGGAUUGUCGCCUCGUCACCGACAAGAUCACCGGUCAAUCGAAGGGUUACGGAUUCGUUCUCUUCAAGACCUGCCGCGCAGCUCGCCAGGCGCUGAAGGAGCCUCAGAAGUUGAUCGACAGACGAAUGACGUCGUCCCAGCUGGCAUCCGUGGGGCCUAUUGCUGCGGGAUCGCCGUUGCCGCGGAAACUGCAGCAGCCGAUGCCGGGGUAUACACAGAGGAAGAUUUUUGUGACUAAUGUGGGGGAGGAGCUGGAUCCGGAGAAGUUGAAGGAUUUCUUCUCCAAGUAUGGGGAGAUCGAGGAAGGCCCUUUGGGGCUUGAUAGAGAGACGGGCAAGCCAAAGGGCUUCUGCUUGUUUACGUAUAAGACUGUGGAGAGCGCGAAAUUAGCGUUGAGCGAGCCCCAUAAGCAGUUUGAAGGGGUUACAUUGCAUUGCCAGCAUGCCAUUGAUGGACCGAAGCCUCAUAAGGGAGCGGCUAAGAAUCUGCAAUAUGUCGACAAUGUGGCGUCCAAUAUGGUUGAUUCGGCUAUGGUGCCUCCCUAUAUGCAGUUGCCCCAGCCUCAUAUGGUGCAGCAGCCCCCGCCGGUGAAUAUGGACCCUGCUGCAUUUGGACAGGCAUUGACGACCCUAUUAGCAGCACAGGGAGGCGGGUUGAACCUUCUCGGGGUGCUUGGAGCGGCCACAGGGAUGUAUAACAACUCUGCAGUGGUGCCUGGUUUCGGAGGCCCGGUGGUGCAGGGUGGCUAUGGGAUGGGUGGUGGGGUGAACAUGGGAUCAAAUGGGAUGGAAGGGGGUUGGAAUCAAGGGGGACGCGGACGCCCGGCCAACCAGAUGAGAUGGCGAGGUCGUGGCAGAGGAAAGCAUGGUCCUAGGAGGCCGCGGAUGGGUCAGUAGAUGUGGAACAGUGAAAUCUGAACGAAGUUUUGCUUCAAUCAAUCUUCACAAACCUGGGCAGCACUUCCCGCUCACAUUUUCUGACAUUCAACCCGGGAAUUUUCGUUUGCUUACGCAGUUCAGAUUUGGCAGUGCUUAAAUUUUUUCCACUCAAUUCCCUAUAAAUAUAUCUCCUCAGAGACAGCUUUAUCAUUUUCAUAUUCAAAUAUUUGAAAGUGGGUAAUGGUUUAUAAAGUACUUUGGUCAUUGUCGUGAUUUAUUUUGUAAAAUUUUUCUUUUUUCUCCUAAAUAUUGGUUGUUAAUAUUUCCUUCAUUUUAUGUUUCAUGUCUAGCGACAUUUUGUAUCAUUUCCUCUAACCCUCAUCGCGUUAAGAUGGUCUACUUCUCCUAUGCAGUAUUGUUUUUGUGCCUUAAUUUUUUCUCCUGUUUUGUUUUGAACAAAUGCUUUAAAAAUUGGUUUUUCGAGAUGGUAGACUAUCAUUUAUAACUACACGGAUGCUUGUUGAUCAAGAUACUUAGAUCAGUCAAUAUCUCUUUAUCUUGUGAUGAAGUUUAUAAGAUCCCCAAAUUUUCAUUUCCAAACUGGAGUAGUAUGUGGAUCUAUUUUGAGUCCAUAGUUUUUACUCGCAUAUGGUGCCAUGAUGCCUAUUAUAGAUUUGUGAUGACCGAUGAGGUCUUACAUCACAUACAUCCAUUAUGAUCUACAAAGUUCAUGUCAUGGUCUUAAGGUUCGUCCUGCACAAGCUAUGGGAAGGCAUAUGACAGUGGAAAUUACAUCUUAGCAGAGCUUACCAUAAGAAGGAAAUGAUAUUUAGACGAUGUCGGCCUUGACGGCUUGAUGUUCUCGUCCUGACCUCUUUCAAACAGUCAUUCUCUUAUUCCCAGGUAGAGUUUUGUUCAAAUUCUAGUUGCAUUCCGAAGGAAAUUUUUGAGGUAGAAUGGGUAUUGGGUGUGUCUAUAUAGAAGGGUGGCUAUAAUCCCAAAACACUUUUAAUAUAUGUUUUACUACUUUUAUUGAAAAAUAGUUUUAUUUCUUUGAA